UCUCAACGCGGCAGCACGUUUUGGAGGGAGAUUUUCGACAUUUCGUCUCUCUGCGAACAACCCCCGUGUGUAUAGGGACCCGCCCACCUUCAACUAUACACGAAUCUUACCCCCUUUUUUUCAAACACUCUCUUCUCUUAACGCUUUUCAAGAAAGUACGCGAGAAAAAAAAAAUUUUUCCAUCAUUUAAAUUAGUUUUUCUUGUUUUCCAAAUUUCAAAAGUUUUUUAUUCGUAGGUAAAUUUCGAAAAAAAAUUCCAAAAAAAGUUUUUUUUUUUUAGAAGAAGUGUAAAAUGUUUUGAAAAGAGGAAUUUUCUUCGAAAAGACAAGUUUUAUGGAAGACAAAUAUUUCUUAUUUUUACAUUAAUAAUAAUAAAAAAAAGUGAGUGAAUCAAAACCAAGAGGAAAAAAAAAUGGAUGUGAGACGAAAAUCGUCUUGUUUUUAUCCGACAUUAGACGGCGGUGGUGAGAGUGGUGAAUCUGGUGUUAAAAAAGUUUUUCGAUACAACUGUGUUGAAAGUUGUCAAGAUUGUUGUGAAGAGGUGAGAGAGAAAUUGGUAAAAAGAAGUGGAUAUUCAAGGAUGUGCUUGGUGACAAUUAGUGUUCUUGUGAUCCUGAUGAGCUAUCCUCAGGGAAUAAUGGCCCACUCGAAUAAGGGUGAGUUCACUUCCCACCUAUUUUCCCUUAUUCUUCGUGGUGGAGACAUAAGAGUGAAUGUCAUAGUGCCUAAGGAAGCCGAAGUUGGCAAAUCCAUAAAUUUAAAAUGCGAGUGGAGUCUCAGCAAAGGGGAUGCUCUUUACUCGGUAAAAUGGUAUAAAGACGAUCACGAAUUUUUUCGAUACGUUCCCGACCAGCAUCCGAAAAUUCAGACCUUUCCAUUAAACGGAGUCUAUCUCGACAAGACGGAGAAAACGGAGAAUUCGAUACGGUUGACGGAACUUACUUUAGGAAGUUCCGGCCAAUACAAGUGCGAAGUAUCCACGGAGGCACCAAACUUCGCCACAACCUAUCGCAAGGCAAAUCUCACAGUCAUUGUACCGCCGGAAAGAAAUCCAGAAAUCAACGGUCUGGUUGGUGAAUACACGACUGGUGAAAAUAUCACCGCUAACUGCACAGCUUUCGCCUCAAUUCCGAAGGCAAAAAUGCAUUGGACCAUUAAUGGAGAAACGGUGUCGCCAGAAAAUACAGUGUUUCAUCAAAUGCAACCAAUCAAUCCCUAUGGCGCAAUCAUUGUUCCCAACAGAAUUGGAUUGCGAAUACAAGCGGAUGUAAAGCACCACGAACGCAGUGGUCGUAGUGAAGUCAAAAUUCGUUGCAUUGCAAAAGUGGGUUCGAAAAAUUACGAGACCGAGAAGCGAGUUACAAUUUAUCAAUUGGAUAAUCAAAGGUUGCGUGCCAGCGAUUUACGCGGAGGUUCCUAUUCAAUUCGUGGCGAAUUACUAUUCACCAUUAUCUUACCAAUUUUCUUGGCAUUAAUUUCGACGUGACCUGUACAUUUCAACAAUGCAAUCAGUCGAUUUCCCUUCUAGACAACGUGAUGUCAGUAUUAAUUAUGUACUCGUUCACGUCGGUUCAGUGUCAGUCGUCCGAUCCUUCGUAUAUAUAUAUAUAAAUAAAUAAAUAUAAAUAUAAAUAUAAAUAUAAAUAUAAAUAUAAAUAUAAAUAUAAAUAAAUAUAAAUAUUUAUUAUAUUAAUAAAAAAACAAGUUAAAAAAAAGAACAUUUAAAAUUAAGAGUUAUAAAUUUGUAAAUGAGUCUCGAGUGUCGUAUGAAUGUCACAAUUUGCGUAAAUGUUACCAAUAAGCGUAUUAAAGCGUUUUACAUGAUGAGAUAAGAUUAAAAAUUAAGCUCAUAGUAAUUUAAUUAAUUUAUUCAUUAUUUAUUAAUUAUUAAAUAUUAAAUAAUUAAAUAAUUAUAAAUUUAAAUAGAAAUUUAUUUUUUCUAUUUUUACAAACAAAUUUAAUUUUUCUAUUCUCGAAUAAAGUCAACUGGAGUCAACGAACAUAGAUUCAAAAUAAGAGAAACAAUUUUUUAUAAACAAUUUUCUUUUUUGACUGAAAUCUACACUCAACGAAUGCUUUUUUUUGUACAAACCUUUUUUUACUAUAUAAAUACAAAUUUUUUAGUUUUAAGCAAAAUAAAAUUUUUUCAUAAAAUAUUUAUUAUUUAUUUUUUAUAAUUUGUAUAAAUAAAUAUUUUUUUUUUUUGAGAGAGAGAGAGUGAUGAAUUCCAUAUCAAAGUGUGUCUUUUCGGUAAAAAAAAAAAAUUUUUUGUCAUAUAUAAACCGAUUCUAGAAUUAUUAUUCUUAUUAUUAUUGUUAUUGUAGGUAUAUACGUAUAUAUAUAGAUAUAAUAUACUUGGAUGGUAAUAAUUCUCGUCAAAGCGAAAAAUAUUAUUUAAAAAUAAAUUAUUCAAUCAAUUAUUCCAAAAUCGUAUUGGAAAUUAAUAAUAAUAGUAUUGUUAAAAGAGUUAUUAUUUCCAUCCAAAUUUGUAAAUAAACCGAAAAAUAACUGAUUUCUUCAGCGAUCAAUCUCAUCGUGUAUAAAUAUUUCGAAAAGAAAAACCUCUGAAAGUUAGUCAAUCAUUAAGAAGAAAGCGGCCAACGUUUUUCUGUCAAUUUUCAAUUGAAUGUUAAUAAAUUUCUUCUUGUCAA